AACCCCACCCUCCGCCCUCGGCGGCUGAGCCAAAGCCAGUGGGGGCUGUCUCCUCCUCUUACCCAGCAGCUGCCGCUCACUCGGCUCACAAGCCAGGGCAGGGGACCAAGCGGCAGAGAAUCCUCCGGCUGCUGAGAAGUGGAUCCUCUCGGGGCCACCGCGAUGCCAGGAGCCGCCGGGGUCCUUCUGGUCCUGCUGCUCAGCGGGGGCCUCGGGGACGGCCAGGAGCAUCGGCUGCAGCAGCUGCCCCAGGCGCAUCAGCAAAGAGGUUUAUUCCCUGCUGUCUUGAAUCUUGCUUCUAAUGCUCUCAUCACUACAAAUGCAACAUGUGGAGAAAAAGAACCUGAAAUGUAUUGCAAAUUGGUGGAGCACGUGCCUGGGCAGCCUGUGAGGAACCCCCAGUGUCGAAUCUGCAACCAAAACAGCAGCAAUCCAAAUCAGAGACACCCAAUUACAAAUGCUAUUGAUGGGAAGAACACAUGGUGGCAGAGUCCCAGUAUUAAGAAUGGAAUUGAGUACCAUUACGUGACCAUUACGCUGGAUUUACAACAGGUGUUCCAGAUUGCGUAUGUGAUUGUGAAAGCAGCUAACUCUCCUCGGCCUGGAAACUGGAUCCUGGAACGUUCACUGGAUAAUGUUGAAUACAAGCCCUGGCAGUAUCACGCUGUGACGGACACCGAGUGCCUAACCCUGUACAAUAUUUACCCCCGCACUGGACCACCAUCAUAUGCCAAAGACGAUGAGGUCAUCUGCACCUCAUUUUAUUCCAAGAUACACCCUUUAGAGAAUGGAGAGAUUCACAUCUCUUUGAUCAAUGGGAGACCAAGUGCGGAUGAUCCUUCUCCUGAACUGCUAGAAUUUACCUCUGCUCGCUAUAUUCGCCUGAGAUUUCAAAGGAUACGCACCCUGAAUGCUGAUUUGAUGAUGUUUGCUCACAAAGACCCCAGAGAAAUUGACCCCAUUGUCACACGAAGAUAUUACUACUCGGUCAAGGACAUUUCCGUUGGAGGGAUGUGCAUCUGCUACGGUCAUGCCAGGGCGUGUCCACUUGAUCCAGUGGCAAAUAAAUCCCGCUGUGAAUGUGAACACAAUACAUGCGGAGACAGCUGUGACCGCUGCUGCCCAGGAUUCCACCAGAAGCCUUGGCAAGCUGGGACCUUUCUGACCAAAACCGAGUGUGAGGCAUGCAAUUGUCAUGGGAAAGCUGAAGAAUGCUAUUAUGAUGAAAAUGUGGCCAGAAGAAAUCUGAGCUUAAACAUACACGGAAAAUACAUUGGAGGGGGUGUGUGCAUCAAUUGUACUCACAACACCGCUGGUAUAAACUGUGAGACGUGUGUCAACGGUUUCUUCAGACCCAAAGGGGUAUCCCCAAAUAAUCCUCGGCCGUGCCAGCCAUGCCACUGUGGUCCAGUUGGUUCCGUAAGUGAAGUCUGCAUCAAGGAUGAGAAACACGCUCGGCCAGGUCUGGGCCCUGGGUCCUGUCAUUGCAAACCUGGCUUUGGAGGCAUCAACUGUGAUCGGUGUGCCCGGGGCUACACUGGCUACCCAGACUGCAAACCCUGUAACUGCAGUGGUGAAGGAAGUGCAAACGAGGACCCUUGUUUUGGACCCUGUAACUGCAAGGAGAAUGUUGAAGGAGGAGACUGCAGCCGCUGCAAACCUGGCUUCUUCAACUUGCAAGCGGAUAAUCAUAAAGGAUGUGACGAGUGUUUCUGCUCUGGGGUUUCCAACAGAUGUCAAAGCUCCUACUGGACCUACGGCAAUAUACAAGACAUGAGUGGCUGGCAUCUCACGGACAUCUCCGGCCACGUGCGAGUGGCGCCCCAGCACGACCCCGAGCGCCCUGAGCAGAUCAGCAUCCACAGCGCAGAGGCCCGCAGAGCACUGCCUCGGGACUACUUCUGGAGCGCGCCAGCUCCCUAUCUGGGAAACAAGCUCACCGCAGUUGGAGGACGAUUAACAUUUACUGUAUCAUAUGACCUUGAAGAAAAAGAAGAAGAGGAAGAAGACGAAGAAACAGAACACGUACUCCAGCUUAUGGUUAUCUUAGAGGGAAAUGGCUUGAGAAUCAGUACAGCCCAAGAUGAGGUGUAUCUGAAACCAUACGAAGACCAUAAUACUGUAUUGUCACUCAAAGAAGAUUUAUUUACCAGACACGGCACACAUUUCCCAGUCAGUAGAAAAGAGUUCAUGACAGUACUUGUGGAUUUAAAGAGAGUCCUCAUUCAGAUCACAGACAGCCUUGGGGUGGAUGCCAUCUUCAGGCUGAGCUCUGUUGGCCUCGAGUCUGCUGUGCCCUAUCCAACUGAUGGAAGCUUCGCAGCAGCUGUGGAGGUCUGCCAGUGUCCACAGGGGUACACUGGAUCCUCCUGUGAAUCUUGCUGGCCUAGGCACAGACGAGUGAAUGGCACUAUUUUUGGUGGCAUCUGUGAACCGUGUCAAUGCUUUGGCCACGCAGACUCCUGUGACGAUAUUACCGGAGAAUGCCUGAACUGUAAGGAUCACACAGGUGGCCCGUACUGCAAUAAAUGUCUUCCUGGUUUCUAUGGCGAUCCUACUAAAGGGACCUCUGAAGACUGUCAGCCCUGUGCCUGUCCACUCAGUACCCCAUCCAAUAACUUUAGCCCGACGUGCCAUUUAGACCGAAGUCUUGGAUUGAUCUGUGAUGAAUGCCCUGUCGGGUACACAGGACCACGCUGCGAGAGGUGUGCAGAAGGCUAUUUUGGACAACCUUCUGUACGUGGAGGAUCAUGUCAGCCAUGCCAAUGCAAUGACAACCUUGACUUCUCCAUCCCUGGCAGCUGUGACAGCUUGUCUGGCGCCUGUCUGAUAUGUAAGCCAGGUACAACAGGCCGGUACUGUGAGCUCUGUGCUGAUGGAUAUUUUGGAGACGCAGUUGAUGCAAAGAACUGUCAACCCUGUCACUGUAACCCCAAUGGCUCCUUCUCUGAGAUUUGCCACCCUAGGACAGGACAGUGUGAAUGCAGAGCUAACGUGCUGGGCCAGCGGUGUGACAGAUGUAAGUCGAAUAUGUGGUGGGACCCAGAGAAACGAUUCUGUGUGUUGUGUGACUGCAGUCCCGUUGGCUCUGUGUCACCACAGUGUGAUGCUGCAGGAAGAUGUGUCUGUAAAUCAGGCUUCAUAGGGAAACAGUGCAACCUGGGCAGGCAGGUGCACCGACAGGAGGAGCAUCCACGGAGAGUGCAGCCGGUGCUGGGGUCUCCCCAGAGGUGGGGUUCCAGCAGCUCCAGCGGGUGCCCUCGGGGAGCCUACUGGCCCGCAGCUCGGCCUGAAACCUUUGGCAUACAGUCAUCAAGAGGGUGUGCUCCCUGCAACUGCAAUUCCUUUGGGUCUAAAUCAUUCGACUGUGAUGACAGUGGUCAGUGUUGGUGCCAGCCUGGAGUGACAGGAAAGAAAUGUGACCACUGCGCCCAUGGUCAUUUCAACUUCCAAGAAGGAGGAUGCACAGCUUGUAACUGCUCUCAUCUGGGUAAUAACUGUGACCCAACAACUGGGCGAUGCAUUUGCCCUCCCAAUACCAUCGGAGAUCAGUGUUCCCAAUGUGCACCUGGUACCUGGGGCCACAGCAUCAUCUCUGGCUGUAAGGCUUGUAACUGUAACACGGCGGGAUCCUUGGAUUUCCAGUGCAACGUAAACACAGGCCAGUGCAACUGUCAUCCAAGGUUCUCUGGUGCCAAAUGUACGGAGUGCAGGAGCGGUCACUGGAACCACCCUCACUGCACUCCCUGUGACUGCUUCCUGCCCGGGACUCAGGAGGCGACCUGUGAUUCAGAGACUAAAAAAUGCUCCUGUAUCGAUCGAACGGGGCAAUGCACUUGUAAGGUGAAUGUGGAAGGUGUCCACUGUGACAGGUGCCGGUCUGGCAAAUUCGGACUCGAUGCCAAGAACCCACUUGGCUGCAGCAGCUGCUAUUGCUUUGGCGCCACUACUCAGUGCUCUGAAGCGGAAGGACUGAUCCGCACGAGGGUGACUCUGACGCCAGAGCAGACCAUUCUGCCUCUGGUGGAUGAGGCCCUGCAGCACACGACUACCAAAGGCAUUGAUUUUCAAGAUCCAGAGAUUGUUGCCAACAUGGAUCGGGUGAGGCAAGAUCUCCAUUUGGAACCCUUUUACUGGAAACUUCCAGAGCAAUUUGAAGGAAAGAAGUUGAUGGCCUAUGGUGGAAAACUCAAGUAUACCAUCUACUUUGAGGCAAGAGAAGAGACAGGUUUCUUUACAUAUAAUCCUCAAGUUAUCAUUCGAGGUGGGACUCCAGCUCAUGCUAGGGUUAUCAUCAGGCAUAUGGCUGCUCCUCUAAUCGGCCAACUGACGAGGCAUGAAAUUGAAAUGACAGAGAAAGAGUGGAAAUAUUAUGGUGAUGAUCCUCGAGUCAGUAGAACUGUGACCCGUGAAGACUUCUUGAAUGUACUCUAUGAUAUCCAUUAUAUUCUUAUCAAGGCUACAUAUGGAAAUGUGAUGAGACAAAGCAGCAUUUCUGAAAUCUCAAUGGAAGUCGCUGAACAAGGACGGGUAACAGCAGUGACUCCUGCAGCUCGCUUGAUCGAAAAAUGUGAUUGUCCUCCGGGCUACUCUGGUCUGUCCUGUGAGACAUGCAUACCAGGAUUUUAUCGACUGCGUUCCGGGCCAGGCGGCCGCACCCCUGGGCCGACUCUGGGCACCUGUGUUCCAUGUCAGUGUAAUGGACACAGCAGCUUCUGUGACCCUGAAACCUCCAUCUGCCAGGAUUGCCAGCAUCACACUGCUGGUGACUUCUGUGAACGAUGUGCUCUCGGGUACUAUGGAAUUGUCAAGGGAUUGCCAAGUGACUGUCAGCAGUGUGCUUGCCCUCUGAUUUCUUCCAGCAACAAUUUCAGCCCUUCUUGUGUCAUGGAAGGCCCCGAUGAUUACCGCUGCACAGCUUGUCCACGUGGAUACGAAGGCCAGUACUGUGAACGGUGUGCCCCUGGCUAUACUGGCAGUCCAAGCAGUCCCGGAGGUUCCUGCCAAGAAUGUGAGUGUGACCCCCAUGGCUCAAUGCCUGUCCCCUGUGAUGCUGUCACAGGGCUCUGCACGUGCCGACCUGGAGCCACGGGGCCGAAGUGUGAUGGCUGCAAGCACUGGCAUGCACGAGAGGGCAUGGAGUGUGUUUUUUGCGGAGAUGAGUGCACGGGCAUCCUGCUGGGUGACUUGGCCCGCCUGGAGCAGAUGGCCACGAGCAUCAACCUCACGGGCCCGCUGCCGGCUCCAUACAAGACGCUGUAUGGCCUUGAAAACGUGACGCAGGAACUAAAGCACUUGCUCUCACCUCAGCGGGCCCCAGAGAGGCUCAUUCAGUUGGCAGAGGGCGAUCUGAACACGCUCGUGACGGAAAUGAAUGAGCUUCUGACCAGGGCUACCAAAGUGACGGCAGAUGGCGAGCAGACUGGACAGGAUGCUGAGAGGACCAACACAAGAGCAGACUCCUUAGGAGAGUUCAUUAAGGAACUUGUCCGGGAUGCAGAAGCUGUAAAUGAAAAAGCUAUAAAACUAAAUGAAACUCUAGGAAUUCAAGACAAGGACUUUGAGAGAAAUUUGCAAGGGCUACAGAAAGAGAUUGAUCAGAUGAUGAGCGAACUGAGGAGGAAAAAUCUAGAUAUGCAGAAAGAAGUUGCUGAAGACGAGUUGGUGGCUGCGGAAGGCCUGCUGAAGAAAGUGCAGAGGCUGUUUGGAGAGCCCCGAGGGAAAAACGAGGAAAUGGAGAAGGAUCUCCAGGAGAAAUUAACAGACUACAAAAACAAGCUUGAUGAUGCUUGGGACCUCUUGAGAGAAGCCACGGAUAAAAUCAGAGAAGCUAAUCACUUAUCUGCAGCAAACCAGAAAAACAUGACUGCUCUGGACAAAAAGAAAGAGGCUAUUGAAAGUGGCAGACGACAAACUGAGAACACUUUAAAAGAAGGCAAAGACAUACUUGAUGAGGCCAACCGUCUUGCAGAUGAAAUCAACUCAGGCAUAGACUAUGUUAAAGACAUUCAAACUAAAUUACCACCCAUGUCUGAGGAGCUGAAAGAUAAAAUAGAUGACCUCUCCCAAGAAAUGAAAGACAGGAAGCUUGCUGAGAGGGUGUCCCAGGCUGAGAGCCAUGCCGCUCAGUUGAAUGACUCAUCUGCUGUCCUUGAUGGAAUCCUUGAUGAGGCUAAGAACAUCUCCUUCAAUGCCACAGCAGCCUUCAAAGCUUACACCAAUAUUAAGGACUAUAUUGAUGAAGCUGAGAAAAUUGCCAAAGAAGCCAAAGGUCUUGCACAAGAAGCUACAAAACUGGCAACAGGUCCUCAGGGUUUAUUAAAGGAAGAUGCCAAAGGUUCUCUUCAGAAAAGCUUCGGGAUUCUUAAUGAAGCCAAGAAAUUAGCAAAUAAUGUAAAAGUAAAUGAUGACCAUUUAAAUGGCUUGAAAGCCAGAUUAGAAGAUGCCGAUGUUAGAAACGGGCAUCUCCUGGGAGCCCUGAAUGACACUCUGGGGAAGGUAUCAGCAAUUCCAGAUGAUACAGCUGCUAAACUGCAAGCCGUUAAGGACAAAGCAAGACAAGCGAAUGACACAGCAAAAAAUGUACUGGCGCAGAUUAAAGAUCUCCACCAGAACCUCGAUGGCCUGAAGAAAAAUUAUAAUCAACUAGCAGACAGCGUAGCCAAAACCAAUGCUCUGGUGAAAGAUCCUUCAAAAAACAAAAUCAUUGCAGAUGCAGAUGCCACUGUGAAAAAUCUAGAACAAGAAGCUGAUCGACUGAUCAGUAAACUCAAACCCAUCAAGGAACUAGAGGAUAACCUGAAGAAAAACAUCUCUGAGAUAAAGGAACUGAUAAACCAAGCCCGGAAACAAGCCAAUUCUAUCAAAGUAUCUGUGUCUUCGGGAGGUGACUGCAUUCGAACGUACAAGCCAGAAAUCAAGAAAGGAAGCUACAACAAUAUCAUUGUCAAUGUAAAGACACCUGUUGCUGACAACCUCCUUUUUUAUCUUGGAAGUGCCAAAUUUGUUGACUUUCUGGCUAUAGAAAUGCGUAAAGGCAAAGUAAGCUUUCUCUGGGAUGUUGGAUCUGGAGUUGGACGAGUAGAGUAUCCAGAUUUGACUAUUGAUGACUCGUAUUGGUACCGUAUUGAGGCAUCAAGAACUGGGAGAAAUGGAACCAUUUCUGUGAGGGCCCUGGAUGGACCCAAAGCCAGCAUUCUGCCCAGUACACACCAUUCAGUGUCUCCUCCAGGGUACACGAUUCUAGAUGUGGAUGCAAAUGCAAUGCUCUUCGUUGGCGGCUUGACUGGGAAGUUGAAGAAGGCUGAUGCUGUACGUGUAAUUACAUUCACUGGCUGCAUGGGAGAGACAUACUUUGACAGCAAACCCAUAGGGUUGUGGAAUUUCCGAGAAAUAGAAGGUGACUGCAAAGGAUGUACCGUCAGCCCUCAAGUGGAAGACAGUGAGGGGACAAUUCAGUUUGAUGGAGAAGGCUACGCGAUGGUCAGCCGCCCCAUUCGCUGGUACCCCAACAUCUCCACAGUCAUGUUCAAGUUCCGAACAUUUUCCUCAAGUGCGCUCCUGAUGUACCUUGCCACAAAAGACCUGAAAGAUUUCAUGAGUGUAGAGCUCACUGAUGGGCACAUAAAAGUGAGCUAUGAUCUGGGUUCAGGAAUGGCUUCCGUUGUCAGCAAUCAAAACCAUAAUGAUGGGAAAUGGAAAUCAUUCACCCUCUCAAGAAUUCAAAAACAAGCCAACAUAUCAAUUAUAGAUAUAGACACUAACCAGGAGGAGAACAUAGCAACUUCAUCUCCUGGAAAUAAUUUUGGUCUUGACUUGAAAGCAGAUGACAAAAUAUAUUUUGGUGGUCUGCCAACACUGAGAAACUUGAGUAUGAAAGCAAGGCCAGAAGUAAAUUUGAAGAAAUAUUCUGGCUGCCUCAAAGACAUCGAAAUUUCAAGAACACCAUAUAAUAUACUCAGUAGCCCUGACUAUGUCGGCGUCACCAAAGGAUGUUCGCUGGAGAAUGUUUACACAGUUAGCUUCCCCAAGCCUGGUUUUGUGGAGCUGCCCCCUGUACCGAUUGAUGUGGGAACAGAAAUCAACCUGUCCUUCAGCACUAAAAAUGAGUCUGGGAUCAUUCUCUUGGGCAGUGGAGGGACACCGGCGCCCCCUCGGAGAAAACGAAGGCAAACUGGACAGGCCUAUUAUGCGAUAUUCCUGAACAAGGGCCGUCUGGAAGUACAUCUCUCCACAGGUGCACGAACAAUGAGGAAAAUUGUCAUCAAACCAGAGCCGAGUCUGUUUCACGAUGGGAGAGAACAUUCCGUUCAUGUGGAGAGAACUAGAGGCAUCUUUACUGUUCAAGUUGACGAAGAAAGAAGGCAUAUGCAAAACCUGACAAUAGAACAGGUGAUUGAAGUGAAAAAGCUUUUUGUUGGCGGUGCACCACCUGAGUUUCAACCUUCCCCACUCAGAAAUAUUCCUCCUUUUGAAGGCUGUGUAUGGAACCUUGUUAUUAACUCCAUCCCCAUGGACUUUGCACGGCCUGUAUCCUUCAAAAAUGCAGACAUUGGUCGUUGUGCCCAUCAGAAACCCAGCGAGGAUGGAGAUGGAGAAGUUCCAGCUGAAAUAGUUACCCAGCCGGAGCCGGUUCCCACCCCAGCCCUCCCAGCGCCCACCCCAGGCCUGGCACAUGGUCCUUGUGCUGUAGAAUCAGAACCAGCUCUUCUGAUAGGGAGCAAGCAGUUUGGGCUCUCAAAAAACAGUCACAUUGCGAUUGCAUUUGAUGACACCAAAGUGAAAAACCGCCUCACAAUUGAAUUUGAAGUGCGAACUGAAGCCGAAUCAGGCUUGCUUUUCUACAUGGCUCGGAUCAAUCAUGCCGACUUUGCUACAGUUCAGCUGAGAAACGGAUUUCCCUACUUCAGUUACGACUUAGGGAGUGGUGACACCAACACCAUGAUCCCCAUCAAAAUCAAUGAUGGCCAGUGGCACAAGAUUAAGAUUGCGCGAAUUAAGCAAGAAGGGAUUCUUUAUGUGGAUGAUGCCUCCAACAAAACAGUCAGUCCCAAGAAAGCUGAUAUCCUGGAUGUUGUGGGAAUGUUGUAUGUUGGUGGGCUACCCAUCAACUACACUACCCGAAGAAUCGGUCCAGUGACCUACAGCAUUGAUGGCUGCAUCAGGAAUCUCCAGAUGGCAGAGGCCCCUGCUGAUCUUGAACAGCCAACCUCCAGCUUCCAUGUUGGGACAUGCUUUGCAAAUGCUCAGAAAGGAACAUAUUUUGAUGGAACAGGUUUUGCCAAAACAGUUGGUGGAUUCAAAGUGGGAUUGGACCUUCUUGUAGAAUUUGAAUUCCGCACAACCAGAACCACAGGAGUUCUCCUGGGAAUCAGCAGCCAAAAAAUGGAUGGAAUGGGUAUUGAAAUGAUCGAUGAAAAAAUUAUGUUUCAUGUGGACAAUGGCGCUGGCCGAUUCACUGCUGUCUAUGAUGCCGGGGUCCCAGGGCGUCUGUGUGAUGGACAAUGGCACAAAGUCAUGGCCAACAAGAUCAAACACCGCCUUGAGCUGACAGUAGAUGGGAACCAGGUGGAAGCCCAGAGCCCGAACCCAGCAUCUACAUCAGCGGACACAAAUGACCCUGUGUUUGUUGGAGGUUUCCCAGAUGACCUUAACCAGUUUGGCCUGACAACCAACGUUCGGUUCCGAGGUUGCAUCCGGUCCCUGAGGCUCACCAAAGGCACGGGCAAGCCCCUGGAAGUUAAUUUCGCUAAGGCCCUGGAACUCAGGGGCGUUCAACCUGUAUCAUGCCCAGCUAAAUAAUAAAAAUAAGUUUAACCCCAAGAAGGUUCUUCAAAACAAGUAUAUCAAGUAAAACAAAUAUAUUUUACCUGUGUAUGUUAUUAAAAGUAAUUUGUGCAUGUAUAUUGAAUUAUUUCUAUAUUCAGAUGGUGCUAAUUGAGAUCCCAGACUGAAUUUUAAUUCCAGUUCUUUCUCAAAUCGAUGAAUAUUAAACCACCUAUUUCAAUCUGAAUAAUCACUUGUUUUGUGUGAUUUUGAGGAUAAAAGGCAACUGACCAUAAAUUGUUGAAUUUACAACACACCCUAGAGUCAUCUCAAGACAAGUUCAGAUGUAAUUUUGAAGGCAACGUUUUAUUUUGUUUGUUUGGUUUUUUGUUUGUUUUCACUGACUCCCAUUAACACUUUUAUCAUCGUUUUCCAUGUAUGUCAGCUUUGGCUUUCCGUCCAGACCACUGAAAACAACAGUGGCUUUGGCACAUUUGACUGGGAAGAAAUCAGCUGCCGUACUCCCUGUGUUUGUGAAAGCAUUAGCAAAUCAUUCCUCUGAUCCAGGUUCAUUAAGAGAGAGUUUAACUAGCUAUAUGAGUGAAUACAUUUCUACGCUGAAGGUAGAAAAUGUAGAUCAGAUUCAGGCCAGAGAGCUUAUUACUUGAUUUUCUUGUUUGAGAAUGAUUUAUAGGCUUCGGGUAGAUACCAGAAUCACGCUCCAGAAUGACAAUUAAGCACACAUUUUAUAUAACAGUGUUGAGGCUUUGGGCUCUAAGUUUUUGAUGAAUUUAACAGUCUGCACUAAGAGGAGAAAAAUAAUACUAAAAUUAAUGGUUUACUUACCAAAAGUCAAUAAACCGAUAACUUAAAAGGCAUAUAUUAUUGAAUCUUUUUAGUUACACUGUGACCUAAAGAAUUCAUUCCCUACAAAAUUUUCUGUUUUGUGCUCAUUUUACCCAGCAUUUCAAUGAUCUUUAAAAGGGAGGGCCUGUGAGAAGAAUGGCCCCAAUCAUAUUCAUUAUCUUAAGAAGAAAACAUUUCAUUCGCCAUCUUCAGUAGAAAUAGUUGUAGUCUAGUAAUGUAGAACAUUGAACAGAACAACUUCCCUCACAAUGGUAAUUUUAACCAAAGAAGUAUAAUCUUCAGGGGGAAGGCAGGUGCUGUUUCUAAUCAAGGAAAUGGCUAACACACUGUUAGCAUUUCAGCAUCGGCCAGGUGCGUGAUAUAAUGUGUCCACACAACUUCAUUCCCCCAGUCUAGACCAAGCACUUCUCAACCACGGCUCCCUUUUGGAAUCAUCUAGGAAGCUUUAAAACAAACAAACAGAAAACAACAACAACAAAAAAAAACACACACAAAAGCUGGUACUCAGUCAGGAAUUUGGAUUUGGUCUAGGACAUACUCUGGGCAUGAAGCCUUUUAAAAGGCUUCCUAAGCAAUUCUAAAAUGCCAUCAGGGACAAGAACCACUGUUCUAGUGGGAAAAAUUAUCUGCUAUGCCAACAAAGAGUUGUAGUCAUUUGAGAAUCCUACUGUUAACUUCGUCUUGACCAUUUCCAUGCACAUAAAUACACACACACACACAAACGCACAUUAUUGAAUCUAGUUAAUGCCUAACCUUUAAGUAAUAAAACUCUUUGAAAACCAAUGUGUUUUGAAAGGGAAGACAUUACUUUAUACUGGACACUGGCAUGACUUUUGGGCUUAUCCUGGACAAUGAGGGAAUAUACAGGAAUAGAGAUGCUAGGUUCCUAAAUUAAAAGCUAAUGCCUUUCUUUCCUGAAUCCUGAACAGAAAGGCAGUAUGAAAGCCAGAGUACCUAAUUGGCAUGCCUAUCAGAGAUAAGCCCAGCUGAAGUCAAUUUGUAGAUAAGUGCCUUAGAAUGGUAGAGUUGGAACAGCUCUUUAGAUCAAUAAAUACAGUGAUUCUCAGCUCUAGCUAGACAUUGAAAUUGCCUUGGGCACUUAAAAAAAGAAAUUAGAAUAAAAUCUUGCAUCUGGAUAUCACUCCAGACUUUAAGGCAUAAUCUCUGCAUAGGGCCUUGCCUCUGGCAUUUUCUAAACAACUCGUUUAUUCUAACGUGCAGUGCAGGCUGAGGACUCCUGGGCUGCUUCUGCCUCCACAUUUUCAGGGGUAGAGACUAGAAGGGACCAGAGAGGUUGGAUGGUGUGUUCAAAGUCUGACGUCAGUUACGUCUCCAAGUAGACUCAAGAAAGUUGAUCAAACCCCAGCAGAGUUCACUGAAGCAGGUGUUGGCUACAUGUGUCUUGUACCAAUCCAUACUCCAAAGUGGAAAUUUGAUAAAAGAGAAAAGUUUCUCUAGCAUAGUUUAAAUUAAUUUUCUACCUCAAAAAUUAGAUUAAUUUUUUAUUCCAAAAGAUAAAAUGUUUCCUUCAACCAACUUUAUUGCCUCAAUAAUUUCUUCAUCUCCUGUCACUCACAGCAAUCAUGAAGAAAGCUGAAUACUUCUCACUUAUUUUCCAAACACCUACACCUACCAGGUUGUCAGCCUUCUUCUUUAAGAAGGUGCUUUGUACUUUAGAAGAAAAACAUUUUUAAGGAGAGUUUUAUUGAAGUUACCAUAGUGAACACCACUGACAAAGGAAAAUAAGGAACAGAGCAGAUUUUAGCCCCAAAUCACCAGAAUAUUGUCAGACACUUAAAGUUUCAAUUAGUGAUUUUACAAAUCACAACUAUUUUCUUCUUUGAUUUAACAUAUUAUCCCUAACUACAAAACUCUCCUACAUUUUCUGCUUAAUGACAGAGGAAAAGACUACUUUGACAAGUUGAAAAUCUCUUGAUUUUAUGUGUGAAUUAUUUUGUAUAUAUAAUUGAUUUCCAUGAUUAACAUGAAAACAAAACACACCAGUGAAUUUCUGCAAGCAAAGAGUCAUAUUCUUUUACACCACCACUUGCUGAGGAUAUCACUUACAGCUGAUACCGCUUUUAUCUCUUUUUCAAUGUCUUUUCAUCUCUGUUGAAUCAAGAGAGAGACACAAACACAGAUACUAUAGUCAUUUGUUUGACUGAGGUUAGAUACCCCAGACCUAAGGGGCACCUAAAGAGAAGGGCUGCACAGGUUGGGCCCUUGAAAUUCAGGGCCCUUGACAUUCAGGACAGCAAUAUUCAGAGACUCACUCUUUGGCUUUUGUGCCAGUUACCUAUGUGAGCAUGGCAUUGGUGCCCAUUACUGAAGUGUAAGUGUCGGAGCAUGAAUGAUAUCCCUCCCAAAUUCAUAUUUGGAAGUUCUAUUCCCCCAGUAUUUCAGAAUGUGACUGUGUUUGGAGAUAGGGAUUUUAAAGAGGUAAUAAGGGUAAAAUAGAGUGAUAUGAGUGGGCCAUAAUCCAACUCCACUGAUGGAUGUCCUUGUAACAAGAGAAGAGGACGCAGACAGGCAUAGAAAAAAGACCAUGUAAAGACUCACAGAGAAGGCAGACAUCUACAAGCCAAGGAGAAAGGCCUCUGGAAAAAACAAUGCUGCCGACAUAUUGGAAGUCAGGCUUCGAGCCUUCAGAAUUGUGAGAAAACAAAUUUGUUGUUUAAACCACUCAGUCGGUGGUACUUUGCUAUGGCAGUUCUAGGAAGUUAAUAUAGGGCCUUCCUGCAUAAAAAAAAUAGAUUACUAAAUCAUAUGUAUAUAUAUGCAUACACCCACACACAUACCUAAAGCAUUAGCACAUUUCAGGAUCUCUUAAGAGUGACAUGUACAUCAGAGAAAUUAUUUUGAACAGUGACCAUUACCACUUAUGUAAAUAAAUAGAAAAAAAAACAAUGUUCACAAUGUAGUUGAAUAAAGAAGUUGUUUUAUAUGUGCUUGGGAAUGUUAGGAAUAGCUAUACAGCAAUUAUAAAUCAAAGAAAUAACAUUCUACUUAAUAACAUUAGCUAUUGAACUUUUCAGUAGAAAUAAUUUUCGGGAGAGCUGUUGUAUAUUCAGUUUAGAGAAUAUAUUCAUUCACCCCUGGAUAGAUCAAAGUCUGCUUCAUUAUGGAAAGUUGACUCCCUGGAUCCUUCUGUAGAGACACACUUAGAUGAAAGAGGUGGUAGCAAUACAGGUGACGCAAAGUUAUUAGAUUCUGAUGUUUGAAGGUAGAUUAGUGUUUCCUAAAAUACUGCCUAUGGAGUGUGAAAAAUAAGGUACUGAUAACUGCUGAUCAUCUAAAAGAAAAGAGUAGCCAAUAUUCUGGGAUGGAGGAUGGAGGUGGAUUAGGCUUUUUAUGGAAAGGAAAGCCAGGAAUAUAGUUGUAGACAUGUUGAAUUUAAACUUGCUGUUGGAUAUCUGAGUGCACUGUACUGUAGGAAGCUGGAUAUAUGAGUCUGGAGUUCAGGAAAGAGGUCUGAACUGUAAAUAUAAAUAUGAGAGUCAUCAGAUUGUUGAUGUUAUUCAUAGCCACAAGACUAAAUGAGAUCACUAAAGGAGUGAGUAUAGGUGGAGGACUGUGGACACUUUAACAUUAGAAGUAUUGAGAGUACAGGUGUUAGAAAAAUAAUUCACAACUUGAAAAUAGGCAAAAGAAAUCGUUGGGUGUCCUUUCAGUGCAGUACUGGGCCUGACUUUCUACUGACUGGGCUUUUCACAGCUCUGUAGGGUCAAAGUUUUCUUGUAGAUUUCUGUGCAGUAGAGAUGUAAAUAAUUUUUGUCUAAUGGAAGUGAUAACCCCAAAGGGGUCAGUGAACAAUUUUCUAUUCAUAGAAAUCUUUUCCUAAUAUUCAUUUGUGUGUGUGUAUCUUCUCAAAUGCUUUUUAGAACAGUUUUAACAUCUCAUUAAUUCUCUCAUUAACUAAUGAAUUAAAUAAAAUUUUU